UAGUAACAUGAGGCCACUUUAACGCUCAUCCUCCAGUAUGUCCUCACAUAUUCUGCCCUAUAAGGAGGCAUAUGGUAUGUAAUAAGUAUGAAAAGCAUCUAGUCAAAUAACAACAUGUUGCCCUGAAAAAUGUUUUGGUGACUUGUGGAAAUGUUUUCUCCAGCGUUAAGUUUCUGAUGAGAGGACUGCAGUGAGUCCGGAGUGAUGCUGCAGCGCUUGCAGCCGGCUCUGGUCCCGGUCCCAGAAACGCCACGGCUCCACGCAGUGCACGUCGCCUAAACUUUAGCACACUGGUGCUGAGUUUGAACUGGGAUGCUGGAUGAUGCAUGCAGACGCUGCUGGCUGCUGCUGCUCGUGUUGCUCCUCCUCGACAGACUUUUCGAUUCAGAGAGUAAAGGGACUUAAACCGGAAACCAAACUUUUUUCUUCGUACUUUUUUUCUCUGAGGCAAAAGAGGAAAAAGACGAGCCUCGGUGUCAUAAACUGCCCGGUUCCUGAUUCUCUUCAUUUACGUGUGCUGUUGGAAAUGUGUCAGCUGCCGACCAACAGCUUCUGGAGAGGAUAAGUCCGACGUCGAGGGAUUUUAGGCGACUCAACACUCACAUAACGGAUUUCGGUCCCUGACCAUGGAAGAUGGUGUGAAAGAGGACCCAGCCCAGUGUAAAGAGCCAAAGUUCCUGGGUAAGGCUGGCUGGGUGAAGAAGGCCCCCGGCAGACUAUUGGCGAGCUAUAAGGACCGCUACAUCCAUGUGGAGAAGACAGAGAUUGUGGUGUAUGAAAAUGAGGACCUGCAGAACUGCUUAGAGAGGCUUGACCUGGAAAACUAUGAGAAAUGCCAUGAAUUAAAGAGCCCCUUUAAGAAGAAGAACAGACUGAUACUGAUUCGAUCACCCAAGUCUGGAAAUAAGGUCCAUGAUGUGAAGUUUCAAGCUCAGACUGCAGAGGAGAAGGAGGCUUGGAUUAAAGCACUGAGUGAUGGCAUCAAUCGAGCAAAGAACAAGGUCUUUGAUGAGGUGAAGGUUGAUGAAAGCAGCAACUUAGAGCAUGUUACUCGAACAAGGCCCAAAGGGAACCGUAACCGGCGACCACCGACCAGGAUACACAUGAAAGAGGUAGCAGUUGUGUCCUCUGAUGGUAUCCUGCGUUUGGAUCUUGAUCUUGAGGAUGCCUUAAUGCCUAAUGGGACCCAUCAUUCCAGUGUUCAUGGCUCUGAGACCCCCAAAGAAGCCAUUAAACUCCCAACGCCUCUGUCCAGUGCCAGCGAAGGUGCAGAGAAACAGUCAGGGCCAAGUGUUGAGGAGGAGGCUCAGACUGAGCCAGAAGUCAGUCCCCAGAAAAAGGUCAUCAAACCUCCCAUGCCCCCUACCAAAGAGCCUAAACCCAGUUCAGCAUCUGAAGAUGAACCUAAUAAGGAUGAUGGCCCAGAGAAAAAGGUCCUGAAGCCACCUAUGCCUCCAUCAAAAGAAGCCAAGCCCAGUGUUUCACCUGUUGUAGAAGCUACAGAGGAGGCCAAAGCUGAGAAGAUGUCUGAAAAGAGUCCUGAUGCCAGGAAAAAGACAGGACCACCACCAACCCCUCCCAACAAACCCAGCUCCAGCAGCUCAAUGAGCAACCUUGUAGAGGCCUCACAGUCCAAGACAAACUCCCACCCUCCUACCCCUCCAUCCAAAGAGAAGAAGCCCUCCCAUCCUUCUGUGGAGCCAGACCAAGAGGUUCAAGGCACAACUGAUGAGAAUAAGGAGAAGGGAGAAGACAAUAAGGAGGAGGUGACAGGAACAGCUGUGGAAACAGAUGAGGCAGACCAGUCCAUUUCUAAAGAAGCUGUACCUAGUGUCAGAGAUGAUGAACCUGAGGGUCCCAGUGCAGAAGGACAGGUUUCUGAAGAAGAAUCAGGGGAGACUAUAAGCAGUGGCAUAAACAAGGCAUCUGAUUGUGAUCCACAAACACCCACACAGCCUGUCAGGAAGAGCCCUAGUCCUCUUCUAACCCCCAAGAAAAAACCUGAAAAACCUGUUCAGCCCGACAUGCAACACAUAGAAGACAACACAACUAUAACGCAACCUAAUGAGGGACAGGACCCUACUGCGUUGCUGCAAACAGCCUCAGAUACCUCAGCCAGUUCUCCUCAAGCAGAAGAGGCGCUACCGAAGAGUGAAGUCCCCUCAGUAGUUGUCUCUUUAAAUGACCCGGCCACUGACAGUCUCAGCCUGAGUCCACUGCUCUGUCACUUGCCCGGGGAGAAGAAAAAGAAGGCAGAGGAGAAAUCUGUCGACAGUGGUCAGCACUCAGACGAUGACAGCGAAGGCUCUGGGAGUGAAGACACAGUGGCGGCUUCCACAGCUGCGUUGAGAGGAAGCCACGCUGGUCUGGAUAUGUUGGACGCCAGCGAGGACGACAUUCACGUCUCUGUAAGUUUAAGACCAACAGAAGCUGCAACCAAGCCUCAGGUUAAAUCAAAGGUCUUUCCCUGUCAGCGCUCAGAGCCCACUCCUCCUCUCAAACCCUCAACCAAGGCCAGGUCAGCUUCCAUUGGAGAUCUGCUGUCUGACUCUUCAGUCUGUAUUCAAGUGAGACAGCAUACCAGAGCUGUGGCUGGAAGCGACAGGGCUUCUAGUGAUGAAGUCAUGAAACUUGAGGCUGAAGUGGCUCUGGAGAUUGAAAAGACAAGUGAGCUCCUGAGCAGAGUGUCCCAGUCCCAGAAGGGCAGUGACGGGGAGGGCAUGCCAGAGGACCUCCUGGCCAAGGCUAUGGAGAAGCUUAAAAGCGCCGAUCGUGUCCUCAGGGAGGUCAAGAAACUGAAACCUGCAAAGAACUCAAGCAACAGGAAGAGUUGGUGAAUGUCAGUCAUAGCAGAUUAACUUGGCUAAACCCCUCUCCUGAACAGUGAUUGUCCAAUCAUAGCUUAGCAACCUUAAAUAGGCACAGCAGGCCUGUCAAGCUUUGGAUUUCUCCACAUACUGUACAGUUUGCAUGAGGCUGAAGUAAAUGUGAUAUUCGGUAUAUAAAGAGUUUGGGCCAACCAAAAACACAAGAGCACACAAGUGUAAGGAAUGGAUUAAACAGUGUGUUUGUCUGCUCUAACUUAAGCUACAAUCGUUAGCAUAUCCAGCUAACUAGCUUACUAUAUAUAGUAGUAACUGAGUGUUAUCAUUAACUAACCACAUUAGCUUGUAUCUAUUACAGGUUACAUUCACCACUGGCAUAUCCUCUAUGUACUAUUUCCCCACAGUAUGGUGGCCGGUCAUGGAUGCUAUCAGAGUUUAGGCUAAUGUUAGCGACUCUGUCCUGCUCUUUGGAUAUGGAAAAUUUACAUAUACACUCCAGCAACCCCAACCAACGUUACCCAAAGACAGGGUUCCGUUUGCCAAAGCCAUCCUAAAAGCCUUUUCCCUUGUAAUUUCGUCAAAAGCGAAUCAUAUGCUGUUUGAGCGGAGACAGCGUUUAACUGAUAAAGUCUGCCUGCGACAGAAAGCUGCUUUUGUCUUCCUUUGUCUGAAAUCAAAGACCCACUGGUUCAAAAAUUCCUAAGAAUUUCAAAUGAUAAAUUUGACACGGUUAUCAUUGUAAACUGCAUAGGUGCUGUGCGAGAAUGGAAAGUCUGACAGGUGUAGCAACAUUAGCUAAGGGGGUCAGGGUUUAGCCAGCGGUCAAUUGAUGGACUUGGGCAGAAUGACAGAAGUCUCACAUUUUUGAUAGCAAUGCAGCACAUGCAGCUGUUCGCUCAUAAUGAACUAAAUGCAAUUAUUUCUAAUUUAACUUUCUCUGCAGCUGAAAGUAAUGCUAAAUGUUCUACUGUGUGUUGUUUAUUUUUUGUUAUAUAUGAAAUAUUGGACAUUUUCAAGAAUAAUUACUUGAAAGUUAAUUUCAGAAUGAAUAAUAUAAUGACAAAGAAGUACUGUCAAUACAUUGAGAACAUACAAAAAGAGUACUAAAAAGUGUUAAUAUCAAAUUACACAACUGUUUUAAUAGUUACUUAUGGAUACUAUCCUAUUUUCAGAUACCAUGUUUUUGCUGGCAGUUUGAAUGAGGGAAUUUAUACUGUACAUACUUUAUUAUCCUUUUACUACAGCAUAUGCUGUAUAUUGUUGAUGAGGAAAGAUGUACGAACAUAGCUCAGGAGUUUUCUGAAAUUAAUCUUUUCAGAUUAAUCAUGUGAUUAAAGUAAAAUGAAGAACUACUACUCCACAUAGACGGAUUACAGUUUUGUUAUUAAUAAUGUGUUUUUCAUACUGAUAUUGUACAUAGCACAGAACAAAGAGCGUGUAGCAGCCCCUUUGGCUCUCACUAACUAACCCCUUACACUUAAAUUUUACAUUAAUUUGUUUUUAUGAAGGAUAUGUGUGUGUUUCUCGCAGUUUGAAUCAUGAACUCUAAAGAAUUUCCCCAAUUUUUUGUCCAAUGCUUUGUUAUAAGAUAUGAUGGUAGAUUUUAAGACUAUUUUAAAUAUGCCAUGCUAUUAAGAGUAUGUAAGAAUAUUUUCUAACAUUAGAUAUCAUUUUGUACUCUUUGAUAAGAUUUGCUAUUGCCCAAAUAAACAAAGGGUAGCUA